CGGGCACCGGGGGGGGGGAAUGCGCUGCAUUGUGGGAGGUUCUUCCUUUCUUGUUGCCCGGCCAUCUUGGAGGCGCGCCUCGGCAACCGCCGGACCCGACACGAGGCAGCAACAUGGUGGCUGCGAAGAAAACGAAAAAGUCGCUAGAGUCCAUAAACUCAAGGCUUCAACUGGUUAUGAAAAGUGGUAAAUAUGUGCUUGGGUACAAACAGACUCUGAAAAUGAUUCGGCAGGGCAAAGCCAAGUUGGUCAUCCUAGCCAACAACUGUCCUGCUUUGAGAAAAUCAGAGAUUGAGUACUAUGCUAUGUUGGCAAAGACUGGUGUGCAUCACUACAGCGGCAACAAUAUUGAAUUGGGUACAGCAUGUGGAAAAUACUACAGAGUGUGCACGCUGGCUAUCAUUGAUCCAGGCGAUUCUGACAUCAUUAGAAGCAUGCCAGAGCAGACCACUGAGAAGUAAAAGCUGGAGAGCUGUCAUCCUUUCUAUAAUAAAACUGGUUACAGACUUGUUUUAAAAAAAAA